UCCAGUUUCCCAGAACCCAUUAUGAGUGGGAGUGAUAUAGUUGCCUGUGGCAGCAGAUUUGUGAAAGACUGAAGAAAAGUAUUAAAGAAAAAAUAAUAAUUUUUGUAUAGUUCAAAUUACAGAUGCUUCUGUGUAUAAACUAAUUAUGAAGAAGACUUAUUUGCAAUAGUUGCGUGAAAAAAUACUCGGUUUGUGACAAAUUGUGUUGCUGACGUAGUUCUCCAUUUUACCUGACCGCUCUUCAACUUUUGACAAAAUUUUAAAGAAUGCAACCAAAUGGAUAAAACAAAGGAUAUAUACAAAAAACAGUCACCAUGAUCAAAUGUUAAUAUUAGAAAUUAAGACUUGUGAAUCGCAGAGUGGAACAGAGGCAAGAGCACAGUAUAACACACACAGAAGUAACACAGAGGAGAAUUUUGAAGGAAAACGACCCAGAAAUGCAUCACUAUAAGGGCCCAGAUGCAAAUGUAAACGAAGCAGCUUAUCAUACACAUAGUAAUGGUCACUCAGAGCACUCUCCAAACUCUAGCCAUAUGUCAGUGCACAGCGACGAACCACUAAUUCGUACCCAUAAACAACAAACCACGCAACAAGUGACCACAGUCACGAAAGUAGUUCGUGAAGUUCAACAGCUUGGAGAAGGACCUCCAGGAGAAUACGUUUCUGUUCCUUUGGGAUCUUAUCCUCACCCAACUCAUCCCCGUCCUCAAUAUAUAGAUUAUAUGGAGCAACCGUCUCACCACAUGUAUUCUCAAUACCAUCAACAUUCCCAUUUUCAAGAUUACGAACAUUAUCCUCCCAAUCCUUAUGCAGGAUACAUGGGAUAUUCGGGAACCACCGAACGGGCUCCUACGCCUCCCAGCCCUAGCGAACAUAGCGGAGCACCGUCUCCUCUUCCUCUUGCCAGUCAAUCGGGAGCUCCUUACCUAACUUCUGGUUAUGACGAGCUUCCUGAACAUUACCGCGUUACUCCAUCACCCGGAGGCCCUAUUGGGUUAGAUCCUUAUCAAGACGAUCCGGCUGUAGUAUAUGGAUAUGUUUCGCCGUCACCGUAUGGAACUACUACUAACCACCCGGGGUCUACGUACGACUCCCGUCCCUACGACGAAGGAUUGAACGGUCCAGUUCCCGUAUCUGCACCUAUCAGAAUGUACGAUGAUGAAGAAUUGUCGAAACACAUGAGCAAAAUGUCAAUGACAUUACAUGGUCAUAAUAUUAGUUUACCUCACAGUCGGGCACAUGCCAUGGCUUCGCCGGGAAGUACAGGCGGUGAAGAAGAUCAAAGAGGAAUGCGUUGGAGGGAUCCUAAUUUAACGGAAGUAAUAGGAUUCCUCAAUAAUCCCAAUAAUGUAAUAAAAGCAAAUGCAGCAGCUUAUUUACAACAUUUAUGUUACAUGGACGAUCCUAAUAAGCAAAAGACAAGAGCUCUAGGUGGUAUACCACCGUUAGUUAAGUUACUCAGCCAUGACAGUCCUGAGGUAUACAGAAACGCCUGUGGGGCAUUAAGAAACCUUUCCUAUGGUAGACAGAAUGACGAAAAUAAAAGAGCCAUAAAAAAUGCAGGCGGUAUUCCUGCUCUGAUAAAUCUUCUUAGAAAAUCAAACGAAGCCGAAAUAAAAGAAUUAGUAACCGGUGUUAUUUGGAAUUUAUCUUCUUGUGAAGAUCUAAAGCGUCCAAUAAUAGACGACGGAAUAGAGACGAUAGUACGAUUUAUUAUUAUCCCACAUUCAGGUUGGGACCCGCAAGGGAAUUGUGGCGAAACUUGUUGGUCAACUGUAUUCAGAAAUGCCUCCGGUGUACUUAGGAAUGUUAGUUCAGCCGGAGAGUACGCCCGAAAAAAACUAAGAGAAUGUGAAGGUUUAGUCGAUUCUUUGUUAUAUGUUGUACGUUGUGCCAUAGAAAAAUCGAAUAUAGGCAAUAAGAUCGUUGAAAAUUGUGUAUGCAUUUUACGAAAUUUAUCCUACCGUUGUCAAGAAGUAGAAGAUCCCAAUUACGAUAAGAAUCCUUUACCGUCACAAAGCAGGGUUACCGCUAACUCUAAAGGAGAAAAUUUGGGCUGCUUUGGGGGCAGUAAAAAGAAAAAAGAUAUCCAAACGGAAGCUAAGGAAAGUUCCGGAGCAUCAAAUGCAGGAAAUUCGGUUAAUGCAGCUAACAGAGGAGAGCCUGUAAAAGGAUACGAACUUUUAUGGCAACCUGAAGUGGUACAGUCGUAUUUAGCUCUUCUUCAAAGUUGCUCCAACCCAGAAACAUUAGAAGCAGCAGCAGGAGCUCUGCAAAAUCUGGCAGCUUGUUAUUGGCAACCUAGCAUAGAAAUUAGAGCAGCGGUUCGAAAAGAAAAAGGACUACCUAUAUUAGUAGAACUAUUAAGAAUGGAGGUGGAUCGAGUUGUAUGUGCGGUUGCUACAGCCCUUCGCAAUUUAGCGAUCGAUCAACGUAACAAAGAAUUAAUUGGAAAAUAUGCCAUGCGAGACCUUGUACAAAAAUUACCUUCUGGUAAUCCCCAACAUGACCAAGGUACUUCGGACGAUACAAUUGCUGCAGUACUUGCCACAUUAAACGAGGUGAUAAAAAAGAAUGCCGAAUUUUCGCGCUCUUUGUUGGAAGCUGGAGGAGUAGAAAGACUGAUGUCUAUCACAAGACAAAGGCAAAAAUACACACCAAGAGUUCUAAAAUUUGCCGGACAAGUCCUUUUUACGAUGUGGCAACACCAAGAUCUCAGGGAUGUGUACAAGAAACAUGGAUGGAAGGAGCAAGAUUUUGUUACGAAAACAGUUGCUGCGAGAAAUGCAGGGCCUAAUUCGCCUAAUAACGCUAACAGUACUCUCAAUAGACCGAUUUCGUCUCAGAGCGGUACCCGCUACGAAGAUCGUACAAUGAAAAGGCAGACACCAAAUGCUCGAGGAGUUCCACCUGUUUACCAGCGGAACGAUGACAUUCCAAUGGCUGACAUGGCUUACCCAGAACCUCAACCGCCGCUUGGAGGCAUUCGUACUUAUACGACAGGCCCCAGCAACAAUCCGCCUCCUCCUGAGCCUCUGUAUGCCCAAGUGAAUAUGGAAAAGAAGAGAAAUCGUCAACCGAGUCUAGGUAAUGUUAAUCACCUGGACGAAAAUCAGUUGAGUACAGCAGGCAAAGACUCUUGGGUUUAGCCAGUUUUCGUCUUCUUAUGCCUCAAUGUUAACGUCUCAUGUUCAAAUAUAUAUUAUAUAUAUUGCACUGAUUCAUUAUUAAAUAUUUAAUAUUUAGUUCUGAUUUACUGUGAUGAGCUUUUGACAAAUUAAUGCUUGUAUAUAGUUUCGCAUCAGAGUUUGGUGUACAUUUUUUAUUUCGUUCCUUUGAAUCAAGAAUUACUAUUUUGAAAAUUUAACCGAAGUAUUUGUUUAAAUAACAUUUAUAAGGAUCACUUUUGAUUUACAUGUUGGGAUUUUUAUGUUACUUUAUCGUAUCAUCUUGUCUGAAAUUUU